AUGCUCUUUCCUUUCCCCUUUCGCUCGUCACCGGUCCGACAUAUUUACCAUUAUGCAAGUCAUCUCCGCAGAGCGAUACAUGGCUAUCCAACGAUGAGAAAUCCGCUCAACUCGCCUUACAAUUGUACUGAAGUCCAAGAACGAUGGAAACUCAGUGCAUAUCACGCUUCAUGGCCGGAAAGCGUCAGUUACUCUAUUUUCACGAAUAAUUCUUGCCUUCCACCUGGCAGUAGUGGGUUCACCGAGGAAAGGGGGUGCAGUAUUGGUGGGCUACCGCAGUAUGUCGUCGAUGCCACGGAGGGGGAACAAAUUGCGAAGGCCAUGGCAUGGGCUUCUAAACGAAAUAUCCGUAUUGUCAUCAAGUCUACGGGGCAUGACUUCAAUGGCUGGUCAACGGGUGCAUAUACUUUGUCUAUCUGGACGCACAACUUCCGGAACAUGGAGCACAAAACAGAUUGGCGCAUUCCGGGAAGUAAAGACACGCUAGACGUCCUGAUCUGCGGCGGUGGUACCCUCCUGGGGUUCCGCGUACAUUGCUCCAACAGAUCGGUUGUCGGCGCCGAGGAUGUAAGAGUUGGUCUAGGUGGACAGUUAACCAAUGGUGGUCAUGGUGUCUUAUCUAUCCAUCACGGCCUUUCGUCGGACCAUAUCUAUCAAGCUACAGUCGUCACCAGCGAGGGACGCAUUCUCGUCGCAAAUGACGAGCAAAAUCAAGACAUAUUCUGGGCUAUUCGCGGAGCAGGUGGUGGCCAGUUCGGAGUCGUGACCAAAUUCGUCAUUAAGACUAAUCCCAUUCCAGAGAAUGCUGUGAGCAGCGCCUUGACCUUUUACGCUCGUGAUACAUCUCGUCCCAUGGAAGAUGCUGCGUGGGCGGCUUUCGCUGACUUUGCCUCGCAAUUCCCAGACUUGAUGGAUGGGGGAGUGACCGGCACUGUUGACUCAAUUACUGGUAAAAUGGCCCAGAAAUACCUCCACUUGCCCCAAGCUGUGGCUGGUCCAGCCGUAUCGGCCAAACUUUUCGCCUUUAAUACCACCGUUGGAAGUAUGCGCGACAUGCUGAGAAAGUUGGUCACUCGUCUUCACGCCGCCAGCAAAGGGAACCUGACCGUCACUGUAACAGAGCCAUUCUCUGAAGACUUCCGGUCGUUUGCGGCGCCUGAGUUCCUCUCUAGCAAUUUCGCCGGGUCAUCCCGUAUCUACACCGGGCGACUCCUAGGGCGAGUGGAGCUGUCUGACAUUUCUAAAGAAGACCUGAACAAAUAUCUUCGUCAAAUCUCCGUCGCUGAGAAUCCCGAGGACAGAAAUCUGUUGCGCUUUGAUCUCCAAGCUGGACCUGGCCCAGCCCAAGUCCCAAGGAAACGCUGGGCCAGCGAAAACUGGUCCUGGAGAACCGCGUAUACUCUGACGAUGGCAUGGGGUGCGCAGAUAAACUCGACCGAUGACCCUAGAGAGUCUCUAGCAGCUGCAGCAGAGUGGUUUGAAAAGAAAAAGGAGCCUGUUUGGAGAAAGUGGGCUCCUGACAUUGGGGCAUACAUGAACGCCGCAAAUGGUUUCAGUCGCACUUGGAAACACGAUUUCUACGGCCCCAAAUAUGACAGGCUACUGGAAAUCAAACGCAAGUAUGAUCCAACCGAGAGUCUGUGGGCUUACAGUGGAGUUGGGAGUGACAAGUGGAAAUAUGAUCUGCACACUGGUCUGCUUUGCCAAGUGAAUCCUGAGAGGAAUUUCGGGGAGAUGGAGACGGAGAUAGUGUCAGGCAUUACAAGAACUCUUUAG